AUUAUAUCAAAAUUGGAUAAUAUGGAAACUACUAAACCAAAGUUUACAAGAAUUAAUCAAGAUGACGUCGUCUUUUUCCAAUGAGAUAUUCAAGUAAAGAUGGCUAAGUUGGUCCCAAAUCUGGAAACUGUUGCUCACAAUGCUUCUCGCCUUGCUAAAGCUGCAAAGAUCUUCAACAUCCCUAUUAUUGUCACUGAACAAUAUAUCAAAGCUUUCGGAGAAACCUACCCAGAAAUAACUUCUGAAUACCCUGUGGAUCAAAAAUCUUACGAAAAGACCGUCUUCAGCAUGCUGACUGAAGAAGUCGAAGCAGACCUCAGCAAGCUUGGGGUCAGUACAGUUGUUCUGUACGGGAUCGAAGCACAUGUCUGCAUCCAGCAGACAGCCUUAGAUCUGCUAGAGAAAGGCUAUAAUGUCUUUGUGCUUACAGAUACUCUAUUGUCUUCAAGAGAGAUUGAGAGAUCCACAGCAAUAGUGAGGAUGACCCAGGCAGGAGUCCAGAUGACCACACUGGAAUCAGCCCUGUUCGAGAUUAUGAAGAGUUCAAAGCAUGAAGAGUUUAAGAAUAUCUUAGAAAUUGUAAAAGAUGUUCCAAAAGGAUGCCUAAGUAAAUUGUAACAAUGUUUCAAUUGAG